AAGUUGGAACAAUCUAAGAAACCCAAACUGUCUUUCUUCUUAGAAUUCUAUAAAUCUAAGCUUCUCUGCUUUGAAAUUUCAGACGACAAAGGUUGCACUUCAAAAAACACCAAAGAAGAUUACUCUGGUUAUUUUGGAGAAAAACCCAAUAGGCUAUUAGUGUCUAGGCAUCUCCAGAAUCGAAGAAAACCAUGUCUAGAUCAUAUGUAACUGUGCUGUUUUCUUGUAUCCUCAUCUCUCUCUGUCUCCCAAAUUCUUCUGCCCAAACCUGCAACUCUUAUUCUUUCUCAAGCAACAGAGUAUACCCUUCAUGUGUAGACCUUUCUGUGCUCAACUCCUACCUCCACUGGAGCUAUAAUCAAUCAGCUGGAACCGUUGCUAUCGCCUUCAGGCACACCGGAACCGACUCCACAAGAUGGGUUGCGUGGGCUCUAAACCCAAGUGGCCAAAUCAUGGCUGGUUCACAGGCACUGGUGGCAUACCAGAACUCUAGUACUAAUCUAGUCCAAGCUCAUACUUCUCCAAUAACUGGCACGGGCGGGACAACACUUGCUCAAGGGAAUUUGAGUUUUGGGGUUUCUGGGAUAUCAGCUAUGCUUGAGAAUGGAGAGAUGACGAUUUUCGCAACUUUACAGCUCAUUGAUUCAUUGUUGUCUACGAACCAGGUUUGGCAAGAAGGUCCAAUGAGUGGAGGUGCUCCUUCUAUACAUCCUACAACUGGUAAUAAUAUGGUGUCUGUUGGGAGUAUUGAUUUUAGGACUGGACAAACAAGUGCUGGCGGAGGAAGUAUCACCUCCAGACAAAAGAAAAGGAAUAUUCAUGGAGUGCUAAACGCGGUAAGUUGGGGAACUCUGAUUCCAAUGGGAGCCAUAGUUGCUAGGUACUUGAAGGUGUUCAAGUCAGCAGAUCCGGCUUGGUUUUACAUACAUGUUGCUUGUCAAACUUCUGCCUAUAUUGUUGGUGUUGCUGGUUGGGGAACUGGUAUGAAGCUUGGCAGUGAUUCUGCUGGUAUUCAGUAUAAUACUCACAGGAAUAUUGGCAUAACCCUCUUCUGUCUUGGAACCGUUCAGGUAUUUGCUUUGCUUUUGAGGCCAAAGAAGGAUCACAAAUACAGAUUGUACUGGAACAUCUACCACCACACUAUUGGCUAUGCUGUCAUCAUUUUGAGUAUCAUUAACAUAUUCGAAGGAUUCAAAGUCUUGGACGGCCAGAAGAAUUGGAGAACAGCUUAUACAGUUGUUAUCAUAGUUUUGGGCUGCAUUGCUGUUGUGUUGGAAGCAUUUACAUGGUUCAUUGUCCUCAAGAGGAAAAGAGUGAGUUCUGACAAGCACCCACAUGGCAAAGAUGGAUACGGUGCCAGGCCAGAGCGCACAGAAGUUUAGUUCAUGAUUUAGGGAGACUGAUCUGUCUGUUUUAUAUCCCAUGACCCUCCACUCUUUCUUUUCUGACCCCCCCCCCCCCCCUUUUUUGGCAGUUUUAUUACACCAUCAGUGUAGGGUUUUCUGGAUGGUAUAUAUGUGUUGGUAGAGGUUAGUUACUUUGCUGUGGUAGAAAAGUUUUUGGUUGUGUCCUUGAGAUUUAGACCAGAGAUUUAUUCUUGGACAUGAAUAGACUGUUAUAUAUGUUAGUAUAUAUAGAGAGACUACAUUAUUCCAUUUUUCCA